GACGCGUUUACAGUUAUGAUCCGAAGAAGUUUGGGACUUUGAUGCAAUUGAUGCAGUUUUGGUGCUGAAAUGGAGACUGACAGCUUAGACGAGAUUCAGAGAGUGUUCACAUGCGGUUUAUGUGAAGAAAUUGUGGACAGCUUGGAAACAGUAGAGAGCUAUUCUUGUCUAAUAGGAUAUGCAAAAGCAAUAUUUGACGAAAAUCUCUAUUUUUAUCCUCAAUGCAAUAAUGGAGACAUUGUACAUUGAAGCGAUGUGAAUGGGGAAAAUAUUAAUAUCGUUGAAAACCCACAGUUUCCAUCGAAAAGUCUACAAAAUAUGACACUAGAAAAUAAUACAGACGAGAUUCUGAUUGCAGAAGUAUACUUAAGAGAGCCAUUGUGGAAUCAGAAUGUUGCAGUCGCACGGCGAGACAGAAGAACGAUGGAUAAGCUGUGGCAAGAAGUCAGUGAAGCAACAAAAGGAGUAUACUCUAGUGAAGAGUGUAAAAGAAAAUGGAAAAAUCUCCGUGACCGUUUUAUGCGGAUUGUUUCAGCGGAGAAGCUGCCAAGUAGGGCGACAAGUCAGUCGAAGAAGAAUAAAUGGCGUUUCUACGAAUCAUUAAACUUUUUGCGUGACACAUUAUUAAGAAGAGAAACUGUAUCGAAUACACCAGUUUGUAACAACAAUGUGAAUGUCGAAGACGAAGAGGAAAAAGAGGAAGAAUCUGCACAAGAUGAUACCCCUAAGAACAGUAAAAAGCAAAGAAUCAACAGAAACUCAAACAGGAUAGUACUAUCCUGGCACAAAUAAGCGAGGCAUUACACCAGCCGCCGUCGACAAUUUCUUUGCCAUCAAUUCCAGUAACGAACGAAGAAGAGCAUUUCGGGAUGAUGAUUUCCUCGCAACUUCGUCAAUUUCCAAGAUUUCGCAGGAGACAACUAAUGUUAAAAAUACAUAAAAUGUUAUAUAAAGAACUAAAUAAGGCUGAGCAAUAAGUAGGA